ACGAGUGACACCUGCGCCAAGAGGUAUUUAAAUUUUUUCACGCGGAGCUUCGCGACGAUGAGUAAUGUCAUUCGUUCGGAUUAUCGAUUCCUGUCAAACGACGCGUCAAUUUGUGUUUAGAAAAUUUUGAAGAAAAGCCAACGCGAGCAACGAGUUUCGUUGAAAAAAAGAAUAGUGAUACAACGUUUCCAUCAGUCUAUAUUAUGAUCGUCGCGCAUUUCGUUCAAUAAAGUCAUUAAUGAAUCAAACAUUCGGCUUGGCAACUGUACUAUGUACAUAGACGCGUAGUUCAUAAAUCAUUGUUAUUUGCUCUACUCAAGGAAAGGAUGUGCUGGACCAAUUGUGAUUGUGAUGAUAACGGGGAAGAGAAUGUUCUGAAGUGUCAGUGACUCAUUGCUCUAUAUCAGAGUUGAACUCUAGGUCUGCAAUUACAGCUAAAAACGACGAUUUUCGUAGGUAAUUUACCAUUUCGAAGGGAGAACAAAAUAGUUAAGCUUGAAUGUCAUCGUAACAAUGGUUUGUCAUAAAAAUGGAUUCAACCACGAAGAGACCAACGGGGUUGAAACAACAAACGUGGCCAAGAAAGAAAAGGAGACGGAAAUCCAAAGUAAGACUGAAGAUAUUUCAAGAAAUUCAAUAUCGAUAAGUAGUGACGAUGAUAAAUACGUUGCACCGGAUGGGGGAUGGGGUUGGAUGGUUACAAUUGGAUUAAUUGUUGUUUUUGUAUCUACCAUUGGACCUUGUUCUUCUUUUACGAUAGUUUUUGGUGAUUUUUUGGCGUCUACGGGUCAAGAGGGCUCUGUUAUGACCAUGCUUAAUUCACUCUUUAACAUAAGUUUUUCAUUAGCAGGUUUAGUGACUGAUUCACUAUUGAAACAAUUCUCAAUGAGAACCAUCGGCAUCGUUGCUGCCAUACUUUAUGCUGUUCCAAAUGUUUUACUAGCUUUUGUAAGACACAUCAUUGAAAUGGCUGUGAUUUUCCUAAUACAAGGAGUUGGCCUUGGACUAAUGUUUACUAUUUGUAAUACCAACUUUAAUGCCUACUUUGAUAAGAAAAGAUCCAAGAUAAUGGGAAUAUCUCAAGUUAUUGUUGGAGCAGGUUACAUUGUUUACCCUAUAAUAAUAGAAGUAAUGUUAGAAGAAUAUGGAUUUCGAGGUACUUCUGCAAUUACUGGAGCUUUGAGUCUUCAUUGCAUUGCCGGGAUGGCUUUGAUGAUUCCUCCACCGAACUGGAAAAUCAAAAAACCUUACAAGGAGAUUGAUAAAUUGAGUGAAAAGACUGCUGAAACAGAAAAAUUAUUAGAACCUAUCAAAACGUCAUCAGGGUCUAGAGAGGUCAAAAAAUUGAAAAGAGAAGAAAAAUGGUACAGCUCGAGGAGUUUACAAGAAGACGAUCAAAUAGCAAUUCCAGAGAUGGAAGAAAAAAAUAGAGUUUCUUCAGCCACAGACGUAGAGGCAGGUUCUCAUCGUAAUCGCAGCAAAUCGCUUUUUAUCAGCGGCAAAGUGGAAUGGCCUAAAUCGCGAAAAAACGCAUUGUUAGCUGGGUAUCCUUCGUCUAGUCUUACCAAUGUCAGAGUUCAACCCGGCACUGAGUCUUUCAAUAAUGCAAUUCUACAGUUGCAAAAUUCUCCGAUUCUUUUGCAUGAUAAAUCUCGAAGUAUAGACGAAGAAAGUAAUGACAAGUCGACAAAAAUAUUCAUACGAAGUCGACGUAUACUAGAUAAUCUUAUUGACUUUUCUCUGCUGAAAGAUGCAAAAUUUCUCAACAUGUGCUUAGGUAUAAGUUUUGUAUUUGCCAGUGAUUUUACGUUCGCUGCAUUUUUACCAAUGAUGAUGGCCAGCAGAGGAUUCGGACAAAGCGAAGCUACUUUUGCCAUCACUACCAGUGCGACGACCGAACUAGUGUCGCGCGUAUUUCUGGCAGCCUUCACGUUAUUUUUCGACGUAAGGCCGAAACUACUAUUUUUUUUCGCUAUGAUCGGAAUGACGAUAGCCAAGAUAGGAUAUUUAUGUCUGGAAGAUACUCUCAUAGGCUCGCUGAUUAUGGUCGGUGUGAUUGGAGCUGUGCGCUCGUGGCUGUUGGUGCCCCAGCCGCUUGUUGUCGUGGAAGACGUCGGUGUCGAUCAGUUUGCCGCCGCUUACGGGAUAUUUGCCAUCGUGAGCGGUGUUAUUUCAGUGAUUUUCGGUCCGCUUUCUGGGCUUAUUAAAGACUGGACGGAGAGUUUUAUUGCGUGCCAAGUUGUUCUUUUAAUAAUGAACGCUUUAUUCAUCGUACCAUGGACUGUGGAAUUGAUUUGCAACAGGAAUAAAUCAAAAACCUCUUUCUAAUGAAUUAUAAUUUCACUUGUAAAAUUAUGUAUAAAAGUAUUGAAGA